GGACAUAUACAGCGUCGAAGGGAAGGAAGUUUACCAAAUAUAUUCAUGUCAGCGUGAGUGUUGUUGCAGUCAGCCCUUGACACCCAACACCGACGUCAAGGAUGGGGGAUAUAAAGGCAGCAGUGGGGGCCAUCGGUGUGGAAGACACUCCAUUUCCUCUGACUGAUACCGAUCGGUGGGUUCUCUCACAGACCGACAGUCAAUUCCGUCUUCAUGACUGGGAGGAACUGAAAGGGAUCAUUGAAACAAACAAUCUUUCCGUCCUCAAACGGAAGCCCUCGGACCUCCGCCGGUAUAUGGAAUGGACCCAGAAGGUGAAGGCCGAGUAUGGCUCCAUAACCAACUAUCUCCUUCAACAUCGGCUGCCGUGGGGCUCCCCACCCUUCAAAUAUAACUCACCCGUCCCCUUCGAGGAUCCCUCGGACUAUAAGAUCUUGAUGAAUGACUGGCCGUAUGGCCUCACGGACGAUAUCACGCAUGUCGUGGUCUGGUCCAAGACCCCAAUCCCAACAGAUGAGAAGACCGGGGAUGUGACGGAAGAGAGUAGAAGGAUCAUUGAAGAGUUCGUGAGGAGAACAUUCGUAGAGAGGCUGAAUGGGGAUGCAGAUAGAGUUAUGUGGUUCAAAAACUGGGUCCAAUUGCAAAGUGUCCGGGCCUUGGAACAUGUUCAUGUGCUAGUGAAGGAUGUCAAGAGGACUGAUAUAGAAUUCUGGACCGGCGAGAAGCCAUGAUGUAUGCCUGAUAGAUUCUCCAUAUAUACCGCAAGUCAUCUAACUUUCAAGUCUUGAUUCUUGCGGAAUAUUGAAUCUGCAAUGUAUCCAGGAGGCCGUCAUUCCCUGCCAUCCAGUGCUGCGAAUCUGAAGUGGACUUGGCAAGGCUGGCAAGCAUGGACCAGGAAUUUGUUUGAAUG